CCGGUAUUCUUCCUCGAGCUCGUCCGGAUCGCCCCUCGUGUAAUUUCAUCAUUGUGAUACCUUACACGCUCCCUUGUAUGAUUCCAUUGUUACCCGGAAAGCUGUGGCUCUUUAGAACACGUAAGGUACAAGACUAUGACCAUCAUCAAGGAUGAAGCCGGGCAAGGCUCAAACGAUGAUGCCGGAAUCAUUGCACAAGAAAACACUGCUCCCCGAAUACCUUCACUUCGCCAAGCCAAGAACCAACAGGUAAGGCACAGAGCGUCUGUCGCAUGUGCGUCUUGCCGAGACAGAAGAAUCCGUUGUGUGGUGCCAAAGGGCGAGUCGGAGUGCGUCCAGUGCAAAAAGGCCGGUAAUGAGUGCGUGAUCAAGAACGAUGAUGAGAGACGGCGACCAAUAUCAAAGGCGUACAUGUCGUCUCUGUCUGAUCGCAUCGCGAUGCUCGAGGGCAUGCUUCAGGAAAAGGGCGUUCAACCUCCUCCAGCCGUGCAUCCCCCCAAAACGAGACACGAGACCCACCAGAUGUCAGAAGAGCCAAGAGAACAAAGACGGUUUCCAGCCAAAGGACCAAUUGUGCCUGAGGUCCCCUCGCCUCCAGACUCUGGAAACGAUGACUACUCGGUGCAAGGCAGCGACCACGCUGAGAACGCGUCCAACAAGAGCCCCUGCUUCCAUGUUUCCGCAGAGGAACAAUCUGCGUUCCGUAUGCUGGACCCAGCCCACGAGAACGUUGUUCACAGACUUCUUUCGACGAGAGGGAAUCUUUCAUUUGACCAAUUGUCUGGACGGCUCCGCUUUUUCGGCCCGACAGCCAACUCUCACGUUUACUACGCCGAUACCAGUGAUAGCUUCCGGUCUCGCGAGCCAUCAGAACAGAUUCGCCGUGCCGAGCGCAUAAUUCGGACACUUACAGCAACGACUCACGACUAUCUCAUGAGCAACUUUUGGACGCACUAUAACAGUGUUCUCAAAAUCAUCCACAGAGAUUCUUUCGAAUCUGAUCGAGAGUCCCAAAGCCCAAAGUUCUACUCGUCGUUCCUGCAUAUCGCAAUCUUGGCCAUGGGAUUUCGAUUCGCUGAUUGCAGCCGUGACGAUAUGAAGAGGAUUGCCUUGGGAAACCGGGAGAGCACCUUGCACAGAGAGGCCAAGUACAUGCUCGAUGUCGAACUCGAGAGGCCUGGUGGGAUACCCAGCGUGCAGGCUCUCCUUCUUCUCGGCGACCUGGAAUGUGGCGUUGGCAGAGAUAACACUGGCUGGAUGUAUGCUGGGAUGGCAAACCGGUUAGCUUUCGACAUUGGUCUUCAUCUAGACUGCCGCAACAGUGGCUUUGACGAUCGAGAGGUCGACAUUCGCCAUAUGGUCAUGAGAGCCUGCGUUAUAUACGACAAGUAUUGGUCCUUAUUCCUGGGUCGACCGACGAGCAUCAAAAGCCAAGACGUCGGCAUGGACUUGCUAUCACGGCGCUUUUCACAGCUCACAUCGCUCAUGGGAACACCCGGGCCCACGAACCAGGAGAAUCAGACAGUGGAGAUUUACGAUCAGCUUGUCGAGUUGAUGGAACUAGCUGGUCGUAUUGUUGAAGCCAGAGACAGUCGGCAAGCACCAAAAAGUGCCCACGAGAGAGAAAGAGCAGAUGGCGAAGAAGACGCAUAUCUUCAAAGCGCCAAUCUUGAUCGCCAAUUGCAGAAUUGGUACAGGCGAUUGCCGGAACAUUUACAGUGGAAGCCUGCCAACAUUAAGCAUGCACCAUUCAGCUACUUCCUGCUGCACCAGCAAUAUCACGUCUCAAUGAUAUUGCUUCACCGCUCGUGGGCGAAGUACGACGAAGUUGCUGGCGAUACCAGUAGCACUGAUGCGAACCUUACACCCAACUCAAGUGCCGACUCCAAAGACAUGCCCGACCAGCAUCAUUUUGACUCCCUAGGGACGAACAUUUCCCAUUCAACUCCAGACACAGGCCGAGUUGCGUCAUCGCGCAGCAUCUGUAGUUUCCACGCGAUUCGGGUAGCGAGAGUCUUUUGGCAACACCGACAACGGUUCGACGGCACCAAGAUCUUCAUCACUGGCAUUCAGCACGCCGGUACUGCAGCCAUUGCCCUGAUAGCAGCAUUGGCGUAUCAUCGCUGCGAAUCGGAUAGGCGGACGUACCUCGGAUACCUAGAGAUUCUUGCCAGUGCCAUCAGCGACAUGAGCCAAGCCUACCAGCCAGCCGCACGCAUGGACAACCUACUGAAGGCGGUUCUUGGGAAACUUCGGACUGACACCGACAGUCUCGACGGCGUUAGUCAGCCGCCUGUGAUAUUGACGGGCAGUGAAAAGAGUCUCCUUUCAAGCCCGGGCUGGAGAGGUACCACAGACAACAUUUACUCCGUUCUACCAGCUAGACGCGAGGCGGAAGUCAGAGAGACUCCGCCGACCAAAAGACGCCGACCGUCGACGAGUAGCCGAAGGGCGUCCGAGUUCGCUCGCCCGCCCUUACCCUUCUUCGGCGGCAAGACGCAGCCAUCGACGCGCAGGUCAUCGCAGAGCAACGUGUACGCGAACACCGGUUCUCCCUUGGAGCCUGCGGCAUUCCACUCGGGCGGAAACGACCAUCAGCUAUUCAAUCUAGACUUUCUGAAUGGUUCAGCGAUAGACAAUGAUAGAGACGAUGACGCUUCGGAUGCCAAGAGCAAACCUGUGGAGGAUUGCAUCUUUGUUUCGCCACUGUCCAACAGCUGGGUACAGGAUAAUACGAUUAACGGUAACGCGUCGCCGUCACAAAAGGCGAAUCUGCGGUAUGGCGAUUUGGACUUGCACGAUUGGGAGUCCGGGGCAUCUGGGAUUGGACUCGAGUCACUAUCAAGCUUCCAGCUCAGUGGAGGAGGGGAAAGUAGCCGAGAAAACCAGCAAAAGGUCCCCAAAGAGGAACAUAAUCAGAGCACUUUCAAGAACGACACAAAGGAUACGAUAACAAAUCAAGGAGGUUUCGGGCCCUUUGGCCAUGAAGCCAUGGACUGGAUGGGUACCGGUGGCGGCCUGGACACUAUGACCUCCGUCAGUCUGAUUGAGUUGGUGCAGAGCUCCAUCGCGGGCAAGGGGGAGAGGCGCUCUGCGGACGAAGUGCCCAGAAAUCACGAACUGGACUUUCUGAGCUUCUGAAUUGAUUUUUACGCAUGGGAGUAAAGAAUCGGGGUUUUUUUUUUACCUUUUUUCCAACGCCCAUUCCCAUUUCAUUUUUCGUCACUUCAUCUUCGGCGUUGAUGGUCCACUGGAGUUUAUGGAUUUUAUUGCAUUUCUUCACUUGUAUUGUCAAUCGUACUUCCUUCUGGGGUCACCUUUCAUAGC